AUGGUGUUACGAAACUGAAAGUACGUUUAAUUAGGAAUAAAAUCAACGAAGAUAAUGAGUAGGACACAUAAUGCUUCCGGUUCGACAACGACAACUCGCGGAAGAGGGGCUAAACCAAGAUCUCUGGCGAAUGUAGGUAGAAGUAGCCGCGAAGCGACAGCUGCGUCAAACGCAAACACCAGACGGGCAAGGCAACCUCCCGGAAGAGGGAUGUGGAACCCAAAUAAUAAUUUGCCAAAUCGCAGUGGUGGCGCUGGAAGAGGGAAUCGACCAGGAAUUGAUCCUGCUGCCGAAACUGAAGAUUCGAAUCCAGAAGCUGACCAAGCUAGCUCGGAGCAACAGCUCUCUCAUCUUGGAGCUUUCUCUAUGUUGACACCAAAUCAGGCGAAGCGGCAACAGAUAAUAAGUCAAGCCCAAAGAGAAACUCAGCAAUAUGAGGCUUACAAAGAAAAAACUAAGUUAAAACAUGUGAGCUAUGUUGGAACGGUGGGUGGGGGUGAGAAAAGUGAGGCAGAAGCCCGGAGAGAUGCUGAAAGAAAGCAAGCUAAUGCGAAGUUGCAGAGACUGAAAAAACAGCAACAAUGGCAGGAACAAAAGAAAGUGUCCGAAGAUUCUGUUUAUGAACAGAAAAAACUGGACGCUAGACGACAGUCGGAGUUAAAGGAGGAGAAGGAAAGAAGACGAGAAGAGAAGUUAAAGGAAGACAUGAGGAGAAAACGUAGUGCCUUCUUAGACAAACUGGAAAGUCAAAAGCCAGCUUCCCAGCCUACAACACUGCCGUUCCCAGUGUCACCUGGAUCGUCCAGGCCAAUAGCUCAACACAGAGGAGCAGGUGAAAGUAGUGGAAUGUAUGAAGCAUUGUCACCAGGACCACACCGACUGGCAUCGCAACCGAAACCAUAUCAACCACCACCACAGCCGCAUGUUUUCCCACAAGAAUCAUCGACCAACUUCAGAGAUGAGCUGUCGACUGAUUUUGGAGAGGGGCUAUAUCUUGGAACCGGUGAUGAAGUCAGUCAGCUGAGUGCUAUGUUCCCGAACUUUUCUCCAGAAGUUCUGGCGGACAUUUUCCAGCAGACGGGAUCACUAGAUGCCGCAGCAUCACUCUUGAUGGAAAUGCAAGAAUAAUAGAUUACAUCAUAAGCGGUCAUGUGAGAUAGAAAUAGUACACCCGAGGUGGUGGAAAGGUUGACCCGGGACGAGGCUUACCGAGUCCCAGGGUAGAAAUUUCCACCACCGAGGGUGUAUUUGUUCUAUCUCACAUGACCGCUUAUGAUGGAGUCGUUUUCUCCCAUCCAUUCCAUAAAUAAACCAUUAUUUUGCACGAACAAACAAAAAUGGCUGAAAAAGUAACUUCUUUAUUUGACCGUUUUAUAAAAAAUAAUCUACACUAUCAUAUUUUCCGCAU